UGGGCGGGGAGAAGGGCCCGGAGGGGGAAAGGACUCCGCAAAGGAGUCGGGUAGAGACUAUGGGGAAGGACCAGGAGCUGCUGGAAGCGGCUCGCACGGGCAACGUGGCUCUGGUGGAGAAACUCCUGUCUGGCAGGAAAGGAGGGAUCCUGGGCGGUGGAUCCGGACCCCUGCCCCUGUCGAAUCUGCUCAGCAUCUGGCGAGGCCCCAAUGUGAACUGCACAGACAGUUCGGGUUACACUGCUUUACACCAUGCGGCCUUAAAUGGACAUAAGGAAAUAGUUCUCAAACUACUUCAAUAUGAGGCAUCAACAAAUGUAGCAGACAACAAGGGUUAUUUCCCUAUUCACCUGGCUGCCUGGAAAGGAGAUGAGGAAAUUGUGAAGAUUCUUAUUCAUCAUGGGCCAUCGCAUUCCCGAGUCAAUGAACAGAACAAUGAGAAUGAAACUGCCCUACACUGUGCAGCUCAGUACGGACACUCUGAAGUCGUGGCCGUUCUCCUGGAUGAGCUCACGGAUCCCACCAUCAGGAACAGCAAGCUGGAAACACCUUUGGACCUGGCGGCGCUUUACGGACGGCUGAGAGUAGUCAAAAUGAUCAUCAGUGCGCACCCUAACUUAAUGAGCUGCAACACUCGCAAGCACACUCCACUACACCUCGCCGCACGCAAUGGCCACAAAGCAGUCGUUCAGGUGCUUUUGGAAGCAGGAAUGGAUGUGAGCUGUCAGACAGAAAAGGGGAGUGCACUUCAUGAAGCAGCUUUGUUUGGAAAGGUGGAUGUUGUGAGAGUUCUAUUAGAAACAGGAAUUGAUGCCAAUAUAAAGGAUAGCUUAGGGAGAACCGUCUUAGACAUUCUGAAAGAACAUCCAUCUCAGAAAUCUCUCCAGAUUGCAACACUCCUACAAGAGUAUUUAGAAGGCAUGGGAAGACCAGCAGUCCUUGAAGCACAUGUGCAGGAAUGUACAACACAGGAAACACACCUUUCGUCUCCUCUUGAGUCUCCUUCCCAAAAGACCAAAAGUGAAACUGUGACUGGAGAAUUAUCAAAACUCUUGGAUGAAAUAAAACUCUGUCAAGAAAAGGAUUAUUCUUUUGAAGACUUGUGCCACACAAUAUCAGACCACUACUUAGAUAAUUUGAGCAAGAUUUCAGAGGAAGAACUUGGGAAAAAUGGAAGCCAGAGUGUAAGAACUUCAUCUACAAUAAAUUUGUCACCAGGAGAAGUGGAAGAAGAAGAUGAUGAUGAAAACACUUGUGGGCCCUCAGGACUCUGGGAAGCGUUGACUCCUUGCAAUGGAUGUAGGAACCUUGGCUUCCCUAUUCUUGCACAGGAAUCCUAUCCAAAGAAGAGGAAUUACACUAUGGAAAUUGUACCAUCUGCUUCUCUGGAUACGUUUCCUUCAGAAAACGAGAACUUUCUCUGUGAUCCCACGGACACAGCAGUUACCAAGAAACCCUGCUCCUUAGAAAUUGCAAGAGCCCCUUCCCCAAGAACUGAUAAUGCCUCUGAGGUAGCAAUUACUGCUCCAGGAACUAGUAACCAUAGAAACAGCUCUACAGGCCCAACACCUGACUGCUCACCUCCAUCCCCCGACACUGCCCUCAAAAAUAUUGUAAAAGUUAUUCGACCUCAGCCUAAACAACGAACCUCUAUUGUGUCUUCUCUGGAUUUUCAUCGGAUGAAUCAUAACCAAGAAUAUUUCGAAAUCAACACGUCUACAGGGUGUACAAGCUUCCCUUCCAGCCCUCCUGUUAGUCCACUCACCUCUUCUGUGGGAACCGCAGAGGUCAAGAAUGAAGGAACUGGCCAUCCAGAUGACCUCUCUCAACAGGAGGACAGUGAUCCCCCAAAGGAAUAUGAUCCUGGGCAAUUUGCAGGCCUUCUCCAUGGAUCCUCUCCAGCCUGUGAGUCUCCUGAAAACCCAUUUCAUCUCUACAGGAAAAGAGAUGAACGUGAAGAAGGACAAGAUGAAAUCAUUUUGGCCAAGAAUCCUCUGUCUUUCAAGCAGUCUCCAAUAGAAAAUAACUCAGAACCUUUGGUAAAGAAAAUUAAACCCAAGGUGGUCAGUAGAACAAUUUUUCACAAAAAACCCAACCAAGUCGAAAACCAUACCAUUGUUGGUACAAGAACAACUAGGAGUGGAUCCCGGAAUGGGGACCAAUGGAUUGUGAACACGGGGGGAUUUGUGGAGAGAGCCUGCACCCUGGGGAGAAUCAGGUCAUUGCCAAAAGCCCUGAUUGACAUGCAUUUAUCAAAAAAUGUGUCUAAGUCAGAUUCUGAUCUCAUUGCCUACCCUUCAACUGAGAAACCAUCGAGAGUUAACUGGAGUGAAUCUUCCACUACUGAACACAGCUCGAAAGGGAAUUCUGAAAGAACGCCAUCCUUCACCUCAGAAUGGGAAGAAAUUGACAAAAUAAUGAGUUCCAUAGAUGUUGGAAUUAACAGCGAACUUGAAGAAAUGAAUGGUGAGGCCACAAGACCCAGAUGCCCCGUUCAAACAGUGGGACAAUGGUUGGAAAGCAUUGGGCUACCUCAGUACGAGAACCACCUGAUGGCUAAUGGAUUUGACAAUGUGCAGUUUAUGGGAAGCAAUGUUAUGGAAGAUCAGGAUUUAUUGGAAAUUGGGAUCCUUAAUUCUGGGCACAGACAGAGAAUUCUACAGGCAAUCCAGCUCCUCCCCAAGAUGAGACCCAUUGGCCAUGAUGGCUAUCAUCCCACCUCUGUCGCCGAGUGGCUGGAUUCCAUCGAACUAGGUGACUACACCAAAGCCUUUCUAAUCAAUGGCUACACGUCAAUGGACCUGUUGAAAAAAAUCUGGGAGGUUGAGCUUAUUAAUGUUUUAAAAAUCAGUUUGAUUGGCCACAGGAAACGUAUUUUGGCGUCGCUGGGAGACAGGCUGCACGAGGACCCGCCCCAGAAGCCCCCUCGCUCCAUCACCCUCAGGGAACCCAGUGGUAAUCACACUCCUCCUCAGUUGUCUCCAUCACUUAGCCAAAGCACUUACACCACUGGUGGCUCCCUAGACGUUCCUCACAUUAUCAUGCAGGGCGAUGCAAGGAGGAGAAGAAAUGAAAACUACUUUGAUGAUAUUCCCCGAUCAAAACUGGAGAGGCAGAUGGCCCAGACAGGAGACUGGGGAGAACCUUCCAUUACCUUGCGCCCUCCAAAUGAAGCUACGGCCUCAACUCCAGUUCAGUAUUGGCAGCACCACCCAGAAAAGCUCAUCUUCCAGUCGUGUGAUUACAAAGCUUUUUAUUUAGGUUCUAUGCUGAUUAAAGAGCUCAGGGGGACAGAAUCAACCCAAGAUGCUUGUGCAAAAAUGCGGGCUAACUGUCAGAAGUCCACCGAGCAAAUGAAGAAGGUCCCUACUAUUAUUCUUUCAGUCUCAUAUAAAGGAGUCAAAUUUAUUGAUGCAACAAAUAAGGUGGGUACUGCACCUCUCUGUGGCUUAGAUACCAGAUACAGUCCUGAGUAUGUUAGUGAUAAAGGAGUUCACACUCACGAAGCUCGCUGUUCCCGCAUCGGAAAGCUGAUGGUGUGGAAUCCCGGAAUCGCCGGCUUCCCCUUACUGACCCAGAGCACAGAUGUCUGCCACAAUUUAGCCUACGAAAUCAUCCUGACGCUGGGACAGGCAUUUGAAGUGGCUUACCAGCUCGCACUGCAGGCGAGGAAAGGGGGCCAUUCCUCCACGCUCCCAGAAAGCUUUGAAAACAAACCCUCCAAGCCCAUCCCCAAGCCCCGCGUCAGCAUCCGCAAGUCCGUGCAGAUCGACCCCUCUGAGCAAAAGACUCUGGCCAACCUGCCGUGGAUCGUGGAGCCGGGACAAGAAGCCAAGAGGGGGAUUAAUACCAAGUAUGAGACCACGAUUUUCUGAUACUCACCGUCCUCCCGCCCUCGUGGUGCCUUGCACGCCGAGCAGCCCGGAGCAGGCUUCCCUUCCCGCCUCCGUUCCCACCCAGCCCAGGAGGGAGACUGCUCUGUUUGUGUGGCCUUGUCACAGGUGAAAGGCCACUGGCCAUUCCUGGGGACGUUCUUUCUGCACCAGUGACAGAAAGCGCAGCCGAAACCCUGAGAGGCACGAGCUGAGAUUUCCGCGGGCUCCCGACUCCCCUCCCUGUCACCACCCAAGGUAUUUCCAAUGACUUGGCCCCCACACUUGCUUUGCUGUCGUUGGGGAUAAACAUCUUUUAAAAAAAAGUGCAGGGGAUCUCUAAUACUGCCUAAAAGUAUAAAAAUCUUGCGUUUUUCACUGUCCACAGUUUUAAAGGUAGAAUCAGAACAGAACAGCCCCCACAAAGCAUCUGUAAAAUCAUUCUAUCACUGAGCAUCAUUUCACGCAACAAAAACUACCCUCCAUAGUGGCCAGGAAACCCUGCCUCCCAAUUUCUAUAUUUGUGGUUUUUUAUGUCAUCAACUAUGUCGGCUAAAGAAAACCUUCACAUCUAUGAACUGAUUCAAAAUUUACGAAUGAUUUAAAGCAGAGAAAUUUAUUAUGCACAGGAAAAUGUGUCUUGUAUUCAAUAUUUUUACUAAAAAGAUGUUUCAUUAAUGCAUUGAUAAGCAAACGAGGUUAGUUGUGAGGGAUGUUCCCGGUUUCGUUUCAAGUAACUAAAUCUCUACUGCUACGACCAAGAACGUAGGCUGAGCGUGGGAAGGUCCUGGGACUCUCCCCCAGGCAGGAGAUUCGGGCAAGCAGACGGGGGUCCCACCCCAAGUGCUGACGCAGCCACAAGCCUGCAGAGAUUGUUUUUUUAAAUCUUCACAGUGUUUUAAAGAACAUGUUAAAAUAAAAACCUAGGGCUCCUGCUGUCAAGAUUUCUGUCAUGGAAAACUUGUUUGAGAAAGGUGUUAAUAAAAUUCUAUUGCAAAAAUUUGUUUUCUAGAAAAAAUAAAUACAAAAAAAAAAGAAGAGAUUCCAAAGUAAUAAAACUCUUUUCUUGACACAGAAAAAUAAAUAAUGUUUGCUUACUAUUUGAUUAAAUAAAAUUUACUUACAUUUCAUUAAGCUAUUUUACUUUUUUUAAUGUCUCUGUGGAGUAUUUGUAUGAUAAAUACCAUAAUGUAUAUUUAUGUAGAAUCAAAUUAUAUACAGUACCAAUAUCAUUAUAGAAAAAAAUAACAUUUUAAUGUAUAUUGUUCUAACUGAUCAUAUUGUGAAUCAUUUUGAAGUUCACUAUAGAGAUAUUGAUAAAUUGUGGGACUGUCUUAAUGUUGCUUUUUUUAAAAAAAAAAAUUAACCAAUAUGAUUUUAAACCUGAGAAUAUCAGUUACAUUCAUCAGUUGGUGAGUUUUGGAAGAUAACUACAUUUUAUUUCAAACUGACACAUGUAUAUGGUUUCAGUUCAGUGUGGAAGAAUUUUAAUACAAUAUUAAAUUACUUGAACUGAACAGUUCCUUGUACAUAUUUUGCCUAUUCACUGUCGAUAUGUAUGUAGAAAAUGGAAAGUAAAAUAACACAUCUAUGGUACCAAAAGGAAACUGUAUAGGAGCAAAGUGAAUAGUAGCUUUGCCGAAACAGAAACAUACGUGUAAAUAUGCUUGGGCUUCCAGUUAUAAAUUUUGUAAUUUUUGUCAUUAUUUAUAUCCUAUAAAAAAGCACACAGAAUAAAAAGGAGAUUGUACAGCC